AUGGCCCCGCACCAGCCCAGCGCCGGGCAGUACCUGCGCUCCGACAGCGGCGGCUCGGAGGCCCGAAUGCUGGCGGACGAGGCCGGCCCCGGCGGCGGCCCCGGCGGGGCGCGGGGGCGGCGGCGGCGGCGGUGCGGGCCGCUGUGGGGCAGCGUGGCCGUCAUGGCCAUCCUCGCCCUGCAGAUCGCCUCCACCACCGGCCUCUUCGUCUACUUCACCAUGGCCAUCUCCAAGCUCAAAGCCCAGGCGCCGGGGAGCGCGGAGGAGCUGCGGUGCCUGCAGGUUAUCAAUCAGCAGCCGGAGGGCUCCAGCCUGGAGGAGCUGAUCAGCAACCAGUCCUGCCUGAAGCUGGCCAACACCAUCAAAGCCUACGUGGCCACGGUGACAGAGAACGUUAUCCGCAGGAGCGCGGUGAAGGAGGCCCGGCGGAGCUACUUCAACACCUCGGAGGGGCAGGUUCCUCCCAAAACAGCCGGCAAGCCCUCGGCACACCUCACCCUCCGCCCGCAGAGCCUGGCCCAGGAUGGAAACUCCAAGCGCUUCGGGAACCUCUCCCAGUCCUGCCGCCACGCCAUCGCCCGCUGGGAAGACAGCACCAUCCACUCGCACCUGCAGAACAUCACCUACCGGGAUGGCCGGCUGCGGGUCAACCAGGCGGGCAAGUACUACGUCUACUCCCAGAUCUACUUCCGCUACCCCAGCGACGGGGCCAGCGCCCGAGUCUCCGUCCCCCAGCUCGUGCAGUGCAUCAACUGGAAGACCUCCUACAGCCAGCCCAUCCUCCUGCUCAAAGGGGUGGGCACCAAGUGCUGGGCGCCCGAGGCGGACUACGGGCUCCACGCUCUCUACCAGGGGGGACUGUUUGAGCUGAAGGCCGGCGAUGAGCUCUUCGUCUCCGUCUCCUCCUUGGCCAUCGACUACAACGAUGCAGCAGCCAGCUACUUCGGGGCUUUCCGGCUCGACCUGUGACAGCCACCUGCGCCUCCCACCUUCCCGCUGCUCCUGCCCAUCGACUCUUCCACGUGGCUUCGGGGCAGCAGCUAUUGGAACAGGACAACGGCCGAAUGGCCGGGGGGGGGGGGACCCGGCGCGGGGUCCUUCCCUGCGUGCGUGGUCCCUUGAG